AUGAACUACGAGAAGUACAAAGGGCCACAGCUUCGCCUUGUGCCCAAGAUCGACCAGUUCCCUUCGGUAGAGGAGUUCGUAAAACGGCACGGCAGAGCCGUUCACGACGAACAUCAGGCAGAAAUUCAACAAGUUUCCAAAUUUAAUUCCUCGAACCAGACUUAUUAUGGGCAUCUGAUCCAAGGACCCUCAAAAAGCGCUCGGGACGCUGGGUACACAUUCCGUGUCGACAUGGAGACAUGGGCUAUCAGAAGCUUAUUUUAUUACCUUGGAAAGCCGUUCGAUGUUCGGUUAACUACUGGACGCAGGCGGUCUGAAUGGCACGAAGCCAUCAGAACAUCUGAUCGCAUCCAAAUGACACAUGCCUGGGAUGACUUUACAGAAAUUUACGUCUCAGCAGGCGCCUCAAAGGGCAAAACCAGAGAUGUCUCUCGAAAUUCUGAGGAUGAGAAGCUGGUUCAGGACUAG